CAUUCUCUUCAAGUUACAAUUCAUUUCUGAACGCCAUAAGACGUUUUUUUCGCUUUUCAGUACAAUACACUAAAACGUAAUAUAACAAAAUGAUCAAACUUCUUCUAGCAGUUGUAUUUUGCGUCGCUACAACGAUGACUGUGGUCCAGACUGCACCGGCUAAAUAUACUAAUAAAUACGAUAACGUAAAUAUCGACGAAAUUCUGAACAACGACCGCUUGGUCGCCAGCUACUUCAAAUGUUUGAUGGAUACAGGAAAAUGUACACCAGAAGGCGAGGAAGUUAAACGAUUGUUACCAGAAGCAGUAGAAAAUAAAUGUGCAGACUGUUCUGAAAAACAAAGACUGGGUUCUGAAAAAAUCAUUAAGUUUCUAUUUGAAAAGAAAAAUGAUAUGUGGAAAGAACUUGAAGCAAAAUACGAUCCUAAAGGAACAUACAGACAACGUUACGCGGAAGACGCAAAGAAAUUGAACAUUGACAUCUAUCUAACUGCUAUUUCAAACGAAAUUAUUCUAUUGUCUAGAACAACCAUGUUCAAGUUGGUCUUCAUAACGAUUAUUUUGGGUUUCGUGUCAACGGUGCAGUGCGGUCCAAUGCCACAAUAUCGGAUAGACGGUGACCAAAAUCAGAGGCAAGAAGAACAAAAACAUGCGAUUGACCACUUUACGACAAGACUGGUGGGAAAUUCUAAAAUUCGCGAAAAUUAUCUAAAUUGCUUUUUAGAUAACGGACCGUGCAGUCCGGAAGCUAAUAAUAUUAAACCAGGUAUGGUUCCCGAAGCUAUCCAAAACGAAUGUGCUCAUUGCACUGAGUUACAAAAAAAAGUGAUUGAAAAAAUGAUGUGUUACCUGAAUAAUCACCAACCAGAUAUAUUAAAAGAAGUAGCUGCCAAAUUUGAUCCAAAUGGAGAAUAUAUGAAGCAAUUUAUUAACAACUUAGAGCGGAAUGGAAAUGAUCAGUUUUUGAAUCCACAUCUACAUCAAUACCAGCCACAGCAAAAUCCAAAUCAACCACAACCCAAUCCAAAUCAACCACAUCAACAUCAACCACAACCUAAUCCAAACCAACCACAUCAACAUCAACCUCAACCCAAUCUAAACCAACCACAUCAACAUCAACAUCAACCACAACCCAAUCCAAACCAACCACAUCAACACCAACCGCAACAAAAUCCAAACCAACCACAGCAACAUCAACACCAACACCAACCACAACAAAAUCUAAACCAACCACAGCAACAUCAACACCAACACCAACCACAACAAAAUCCAAACCAACCACCGCAACAUCAACAUCAACACGAACAGCAUUUAAAAGCAACGGUAGUAACAACGGCACCUAUAUCUUAUACGGCAACUCAAAAACCUUGACUUUAUAACUAUUAA